CACAGUUAAUUUUAUUUACUUGCUGCUUACAUCAUGAUUCGAUCCCUGAUUCUCCUGACCGUCUGUGUCGCCGCUGUACACUGUGCAUACCCACGUGGAUACAUCCCCAGAGGUGGUCGAAUUGGUGGAGGUAUAAUUGGCGGUGGGGCCGGGAGGGGCAUAAACGGAGGUGGUCACGGAUGGAACGGUGGAAACAAUGACAACGGAUUGAACGGUUUAAACAACGGAUUGAACGGAUUGAAUGGAAUAAACAACGGAUUAAAUGGUCUGAACGGAUUAAAUGGUCUUAAUGGAUUAAACGGAAACAAUGGACUAAAUAGAAACAAUGGAUGCGGUCCAUACGGAUGUGGACGUAACGGAUACCUCGGGUAGAUGGCGGGAUUUAAUUUAUAUACCAUGUAUUAUGUAUUUGCAUGAAUUUG